AUGCCGUGCCGGCGAUUCCGCGGCGCGCGCCUUAAAUCGGUGGCGACGCUCUGUGCAGACCCAUCCGGGCAGCGUUCAUUUUUGGAGCGAGGCAGGAGGCUGAUAGAGGCGGCUAAGGAGGGGGCGGUGGAGGAGGUGCGGGCGUUGCUGGCGGCUGGGGCGGACGUGGGGGCGAGGGACGAGGAAUUCGGGGAGACCGCCCUGCACUGGGCUGCAUGGAGAGGCCACGCGGCUGUGGUGCGGCUGCUGCUCUCUGCGGCGUCCGACCACAACGCCAGGGAUCAGGGGGGGCAGACGCCGCUGCACUGGGCGGCACAGAGUGGCCACGCAGAAGCUGCGGCUGCGUUGCUGCAGGCCGGAGCCGACAUGGGGGCGAGGACCGAUAAGGGGAACACCCCCCUGGACAUCGCCACGCUGUGCAACCAUCAGCAGCUCGUCGAGAUGCUAACAGAACGUUGA